CAUCGUCCCCGUUCUUUGCGAGGCAGCAGUGGCGGUAAUGUUAUGGAGUUUUCUCCCCUUCUCUUCAGUGGCAAGUAGGAAACCCCAGGCCUACUGGAAACGCUAGAUUUACCGACAACAAAACAUCAGCAUUCAAGUGGUGGUGGUGGUGGUGGUGAAUAAUAUCCGUUUAGGUCUGCAUGAGAGCAUCGAAACAUGGUGGUUCUCAAAAUUAGAGACCAGCCUGCCCUGCUAAAAGCUAUUUUCAAUGUUGAUCCAGAUGAAGUGCGCUCUCUCAUUUUCCAGAAAGAGGACGUGAAUGUACAAGACAAUGAAAAAAGGACACCGCUGCAUGCAGCUGCUUACCUAGGAGAUGCUGAAAUUAUAGAGCUCUUAAUUUUAUCGGGGGCGAGGGUGAAUGCCAAAGACAAUAAAUGGCUGACUCCUCUGCACCGCGCAGUGGCAUCCUGCAGCGAGGAGGCGGUGCAGGUUUUGUUGAAGCACUCUGCUGAUGUGAAUGCUCGCGAUAAGAACUGGCAGACUCCUCUACAUGUGGCCGCUGCUAACAAGGCGGUCCGCUGCGCUGAGGCGUUAGUGCCGCUGCUUAGCAAUGUUAAUGUAUCAGAUCGGGCUGGACGCACAGCUCUGCACCACGCUGCCUUUAGUGGCCACCUGGAGAUGGUGCGGUUACUGCUAUCCAGGGGAGCAAAUAUAAAUGCGUUUGAUAAGAAGGACAGAAGGGCGAUCCACUGGGCAGCAUACAUGGGUCACAUGGAGGUGGUGAAACUGCUGGUGUCUCAUGGUGCUGAGGUGACGUGUAAGGAUAAGAAAGCUUACACGCCCCUCCAUGCUGCAGCGUCCAGCGGGAUGAUCAGUGUAGUGAAGUAUCUGCUGGACCUAGGAGUGGAUAUGAAUGAGCGAAACACAUAUGGGAACACGCCGCUGCAUGUGGCAUGCUACAAUGGCCAGGAUGUGGUGGUGAACGAGCUGAUCGAGUGUGGCGCGAAUGUCAACCAGGUUAACGAGAAGGGCUUCGCACCCCUGCACUUCACCGCUGCCUCACGGCAUGGAGCACUCUGCCUUGAGCUGCUCGUGGGAAAUGGAUCUGAUGUCAAUAUCAAGAGUAAGGAUGGUAAGACCCCUCUACAUAUGACCGCAAUCCAUGGGAGGUUCUCAAGAUCUCAGGCGAUCAUUCAAAAUGGUGCUGAGAUAGACUGUGAAGAUAAGAACGGGAAUACUCCUCUGCACAUCGCAGCUCGAUACGGACACGAGCUUCUCAUCAACACACUGAUCACCAAUGGAGCUGAUACAGCAAAGAGGGGAGUUCAUGGCAUGUUUCCACUGCAUUUGGCCGCUCUCAGUGGCUUCUCGGACUGCUGCCGUAAGCUGCUGUCAUCUGGCUUUGAUAUAGACACCCCUGAUGACUUUGGAAGGACCUGUUUACAUGCUGCCGCUGCUGGCGGAAAUCUUGAGUGUCUGAAUCUUCUCCUCAACACGGGGGCAGAUUUCAACAGGAAGGACAGCUUUGGAAGGACACCUUUGCACUACGCAGCUUCAAACUGCAACUACCAGUGCCUGUUUGCUUUGGUGGGUUCAGGAGCCAAUGUCAAUGAGCUUGACAAGAGGGGCUGCACCCCCCUCCAUUACGCCGCUGCUUCUGACGCAGAUGGAAAGUGCCUGGAAUAUUUGCUGAGGAAUGACGCUAACCCAGGGAUCCGAGACAAUCAGGGCUACAAUGCAGUGCAUUACGCCUCUGCUUAUGGACACCGCCUGUGUCUGGAGCUGAUUGCAAGUGAAACUCCUUUAGAUGUGUUAAUGGAAACCUCAGGGACAGACAUCCUAAAUGACUCUGAUGUACGUGCUCCUGUGAGCCCUCUCCACCUGGCUGCAUAUCAUGGACAUCACCAGGCUCUUGAGGUACUGGUUCAAUCUCUGCUGGAUUUGGAUGUGAGAACAGCACAAGGACACACGCCACUGGACCUGGCUGCCUUCAAAGGCCACGUUGAAUGUGUUGAUGUGCUCAUCAACCAGGGGGCUUCCAUUCUAGUGAAAGACUACACGCUUAAACGCACCCCCAUCCAUGCCGCUGCCACAAAUGGUCACUCUGAAUGUCUCCGUUUGCUCAUCGGAAAUGCCGACCUGCAGAGUGCAGUGGACAUUCAGGAUGGAAUUGGCCAGACGCCUCUGAUGCUGUCAGUGCUGGGUGGACACACAGACUGUGUUUACUCCCUUAUUAAUAAAGGAGCCAAUGUGGAUGCCAAAGACAUGUGGGGCCACACUGCUUUGCACAGAGGGGCGGUGACGGGCCAUGAGGAGUGCGUGGAGGCUCUGCUGCAGCACAGUGCCAGUUUCAUGGUACGGGACUGUAGGGGGCGCUCUCCAGUGCACCUUGUGGCCGCCUGUGGCCACGUUGGGGUUCUGGGGGGCCUUCUGCAUGCUGCGCAGUCAGUAGAGACCAUUCCUGUCAUCACUGACCACCAGGGCUACACGCCCCUGCACUGGGCCUGUUACAACGGUCAUGACACAUGUGUUGAAGUGUUGCUGGAGCAGGAGUUAUUUCAUAAGACUGAAGGGAACACCUUUAGCCCCCUUCACUGUGCUGUUAUAAAUGACAAUGAAGGAGCAGCUGAGAUGUUGAUAGACACACUUAGUCCUGCCAUCGUCAAUUCAACUGAUUCCAAAAACAGGACUCCUCUUCAUGCUGCAGCAUUCACAGAUCAUGUGGAGUGUCUGCAGCUCUUGCUGAGUCAUAACGCACAGGUGAACUGUGUGGAUGCUGGAGGCAAAACCCCACUCAUGAUGGCUGCUGAGAAUGGCCAGACUAAUGCAGUCGAGGUGUUGGUGAGCAGUGCAAAAGCAGAUCUCACGCUACAGGAUGCCAACAAAAACACUGCUCUCCAUCUGGCUUGCAGUAAGGGUCAUGAAACCAGUGCCUUGUUGAUCUUGGAGAAGAUCACUGACAGAAACCUUAUCAACUCCACCAAUGCAGCUUUACAAACGCCCCUGCAUAUUGCAGCCAGGAAUGGCUUGACUGUGGUUGUCCAAGAACUACUAGCUAAGGGUGCCAGUGUGCUAGCCGUGGAUGAAAAUGGCUACACUCCGGCACUUGCUUGUGCUCCUAACAAAGAUGUGGCAGAUUGCCUGGCGCUAAUCCUGGCCACCAUGAUGCCAGUGUCUCCCGGCGGAGGUGCGGUGCCUAGCCUCACGUUCAGUGCCAUCAAUCACUACACCAGCCCCACGAAAAGCGUCACGUUCGACAGUCUGCCCAUGCUCCGCUCCGAACACAGCUCCUAUUGCAGUUUCAACAGCAUCGGUCGCCACGACGGCUUCUACAAGGAUGACGAGCUAAACGACUCUGACUCAGAGACUUACUGAGGAGGAGGAAAGGAGAGGUGCACAUCUUGUCUUAAUUACCCAGCGGCCGACCACUCCGCAGAGCCUUAACAGUCUCUACACACAAUUCACACAAACAAACACACCUGUAUGAGGCGCAGCAGGCUGGCCCUCCCAGCCCCCUUAUUCAUCAGCUCAACCUCUGCCAGCACAUCUUGCCCUACCCAAAUGUAACGGAUAAGUGGGCGGACCUCCUGACAUGGCAAUAAAAGACAAGAAUCAGCGGCCUGGGACCAACUUUUGCACAAGCAGUUUGACACUGUCGUAGUGCACCUGGGAUUCGAGAUUCAGCUCUCUUCAGAUUGCGAGGGAGGAUUUGAAUCAGUCCCUCGUGAAAGACUGGGAUAUUUGUGAUGCUUUCAACAGUUUCAAGUCAGUGUGCACUUCUGAAUCAAUCAUUUACAACUUGGGGAAAGAAAUUAUUUAUUUUUAAAAUACGAUUUUAAUAUCUGUCAAGUUCUCUGUCCCUCUGAGGGGGAUAAAAAAAAAAAAUCAGAGUUUCAGUAGAUUCAAAACCCAAGGGCAAAAUUGAGGACAUGAACAUCAGCAUUGUAAUGCUUUUGGCCACAAGCAUGAGUGAAGUUAAAAAGCUAACUGUCUCCAUCUUCAGUUUUAGGAUAAAUUAUUCUUUUUAUCUAUGGUAUUUAUUUUUACUUUCCAUAUUUCAUCAUCAUUUUGUGCCUUCAUAAAUUACUGCAUGGAGGGAAGGGGCAGCUCGAAAGAACAAAUCAAUGAUGCACAAGAAGUUCAACACUACGUCUGUGAAAAGCACUGAAAAUGAAGAGGCAAACGGCUCCCAGCAUGCUUUGCUCCAGAAUGAGGAACACUGUGUAAACCAAUGGUAGAACAGCAUUUGAUCUCUUUGUAUGUUGAUAUAUGAAUAUAAAUAUAUAUUAUAUUUUUUCUGGCUCUUAUUAACAUGACUUUUUUUGGGCAGGUAUGCUCACUUUGAUUUAGCAAAUGAAACCACUUGAUCCUUCUGUGAUGGCUUGUCAGAAACUUGUGUUUGUCUCUUUUCGAGCUUUGAUUUUGGAAUGAUUGAAACUGGAAAUCUGUUCAAUACAGCUUCUCGUCUGAGGGGGUCAGCAGGUGUCUGUUUCCUUUCCUGGGGGAAAGGAGAGUGAUUGGUGCAGUCGAAUGCCACUGCUGCCCCCUACUCGCAACCAGAGAUUCCUGUAUAUUUUAUGGUUGAUUAAAUAAAUAAAUGAGUUCAGUAC